GUUACAAAGGUAGUAAGUAGUACCCGCUAUAACAAGUGCCUAUCUAAUCGCAAAUUUGAAAUUUCAAACAUGACACAGGUUGAGUGAAUUAACCAAUGAAAUGUUGGCAGACUACACCCUAACGGCCGUAAUAAAACUAGCGCCAAAUCCUCUAAUAGCGCACUUUUAACGGACAUCUCGGGAUACAAAUCAUGCAGGAAGCGAUUGGAAUAAUUUCAGAGGUAGACUCCUCAAACGGAGUAAAGCUAGAGACGAAGAUCUCACAUCGAGUAAAGGUGGCUGUUACAAGAUUUCGGCAAGGGAACGGUGAACUAUACGUUCACCUGGCUAAAGGUUGGGAUACAACCUUUAGCCUGCACUACUCUGAAUUUGAAGAGCUGUGUCUGGCUAAAGAGGCAUUUGACUCUAAAUUACAUCUGUUAGAUGAUCUGUCUAAUGUAGACACACAAGCUGCAGGCGGAUCACCUCAGGAGAAGGCAACGGUCCCUCCAACAACGGUCCCUCCAAAGAUAUCACCUUCGAUACCCUCUACAUCUGGUUCCACGACAUCAACCAUAUUAGCAAAUCUAUAGUCUGCCUAUACGGUAAGUAGCUUUGUUUUCCUCAUAAAUAUACACGUAUAUUUUUGUAACUAUAGCAAAGCUACUAAAUACCGUAUAGACAGACAUUAACUGUGUUUCAUAAAUAAACAUGUAUAUUUAUGAGAAAAAAAAGCUACUAAAUAUCGUAUAGGUAGAAUAAAAAACGAAAUGUAUCCUAUUAAAUGUAUACUCGAUGAAAGAGGACGCUUACUUCAAAGAGAUACGGAAUAUAUACCUACACAUUUAUCUACAAUAAGGCUUAUAUUCGGAAACAGUAGUACAAAUAUAUGUCAGAGACAUAUUUUCACAAAAUUAAUUAAAGCAAUUAAAAUUAAGUAUCCUGAAUUCAGAAACGAACAUUUGUUUUACCUAGAUACAAUCAUAAAUUUGAAAUGGGGGAGGGUUUCAGGAAUUAUGUCGAAUUAUAUUCAUAGACAUUCUAUGUACGUCUUUGUAGAAGCAAUAUUUUGUAAAUACAUUGAAGAUUCUGACUAUCUAAUGGAUGUAGUCAACAGUAGAGAUAAUUAAUAAAACAAACACAAAGAAUAUGAGUUAAAUGGGAGGUUUUUAUUAUUAUACACAUAAAUAUAUAUAUAGUAAUGGUAUAUACUGAAAUUGUGUCACCAAUGGCAGGAAAGUAACUCUUUUGCUUGCAUUUCGUUUCGACAAGUUUGUAUAUACAACAUAUAAUACUUAUAUUUCGACAUUUCGAUAAGUAUUUAAUUAUAGGUUAACUUUUAAAAUGUAUACUGAAUAAUUAAAAAAGCUUAUAUUUCAACAUUUCGAUAAGCAUUUAACUAUAGAUGUACAACAAUAAUUGAUAAGCUUAUAUUAUAAACAUUUAAUUAGAUGUUUAUAUAGCUUUAUGAUGUGUAACAUAUUUGCAUUAAAAAUAAGUUCUAAGGUGCAUUGAAAACUUUAAUCAAUGUUUGAGUUUUUUAUCCUAUAGUGACCGUGCGCCCAUGUUUCUCCGUUUUCUUUCACAUAGCGUUUGUCAUCAAAACUACAGAGACCAGCUUUUCUGAUUGUGUAUACGUGGAGGUUAUGUCUAUCACUUCUAAUAGAAUUCAUGUUACAGAGAAUGGUUUUACAUCCAAACAGACAUUCUAAAUACAUGUCGUGCCGUAAGUCGUGCACUAUGGUGCUUCUAUUGAUACCCUUAGCUAUCUGUUUUGAACCUGAACCAUUAGAGCUGUGAUCGUAAGCAUAAGAAUACAUUUUAGGUCCUAGUCCAACAAACUCUUGUAAAAUUGCCCCGCCUAAUUCGUCUUUAAACUUCCCUGGUACCUUUUUGUUUGUAGCGUCAUAGAUGGGAUGGUCGAUAGGAUAAUUGGAUAGAUCGAAAAGGCUAUUGUCUUCGCAUAAUGUUUCAUACAAAUCU